AGCUGAGGAACUCAGCAAAGCCUGCUUCAAACUUCUCAGCUGUUGACAGGCUUGACUUGCUGAGAACACUGGUUAAAUAUAGAACAAGCGAGCUGAGCUCAACAAAGUCAUUGCUGUAACAGUGUGUGAAGAGAGCAGAAGAGGGGAAAUACAAUCUGAGAACUAAACUGCCAAAGCCUAACACCACCUAGCAACAGUUUGAAAUUUUUUUAAAACAAAAGUCUGGGUGUGAGACAGACAGACAGCAUACCUCGUAUUUCUCCUGAUUGGGAUUUCUGUGAGGAGAAACUACGUUCCUCUUCUGCUCCCUACCCUAUUUUCUGCAUUACUUCAACUGCUGGUAGACCUAGAAGAGUGGGAAAAGCUUAUCUCCGUGGGUGCUUCUGCACUGGAUACUUUUCCAGGUCUUAAAUCUGCCUGGGUAGUGUGGAGCAAGCUGCUGUGAUCUACGAAGAACAAACUGACAUUGUAGGAUACGUUCCUUGGUUCCUGCUGCUGUCAGGUGGGGAUGAGAUCCCGAAACCAAGGUGGAGAAAGCUCUCCUAAUGGGCAUUUCCCCAGUUCUAAGCCCAUUGUCAGCAAUGCAGAGAAUGAAAACCUUCAGGAAGAUGCCAAGAAAAAGAACAAAUCUCAUCGAAAGGAAGAGGAGGUCAUAGUCUCAGGGACUGUAAAAAGACAGUUAAAGUCACCGGCACCUGGUGAACGAAAGAACAAGAAAUCCAUAGAACUUUCUAAAGAAGACUUAAUCCGGCUCCUCAGUAUAAUGGAAGGAGAACUGCAGGCUAGAGAAGAUGUCAUCCACAUGCUGAAGACAGAGAAAACCAAACCUGAAGUUUUAGAGGCCCACUAUGGAUCAGCAGCUCCAGAGAACGUGUUGCGAGUAUUGCAUAGGGAUGCCAUCCUUGCCCAAGAAAAAUCCGUAGGGGAAGAUGUCUAUGAGAAACCCAUUUCAGAGCUGGACAGACUGGAAGAAAAGCAGAAAGAGACAUAUCGACGCAUGUUGGAACAGCUCCUCUUGGCCGAGAAGUGCCAUCGGCGCACAGUUUAUGAGCUGGAAAAUGAGAAGCAUAAACAUACAGAUUACAUGAACAAGAGCGAUGACUUUACCAACCUCUUGGAGCAGGAGCGUGAAAGGUUAAAGAAGCUUCUCGAACAGGAAAAAAUCUAUCAAGCCCGCAAGGAGAAAGAACACACAAAGAGACUCAAUAAACUGAGAGACGAACUGGUCAAACUCAAGUCAUUUGCACUCAUGCUAGUGGAUGAGAGACAAAUGCAUAUUGAACAACUUGGUCAACAGAGUCAGAAAAUACAAGAUCUUGCUCAGAAACUAAAGGAGGAAGAAGAAAAGCUUAAAGUUAUUAGUUCAAAAACAAAAGAAGAUGGACAAAAAUUGAUGAAGUUAGAAGCAGAACUUGAACACAAGACAUUAUCAUUUUCUCAAGAGCAUGAGGAGAUGACCGCUAAACUGGGUAAUCAAGAGUCACAUAAUAGACAGCUGAGACUUAAGCUGGUUGGUUUGACUCGUAGAAUUGAGGAGCUAGAAGAAACUAACAAAAAUCUUCACAAGGCUGAGGAAGAGCUUCAGGAAUUAAGAGAUAAAAUAGCAAAAGGAGAAUGUGGAAACUCUAGUUUGAUGGCUGAAGUGGAAAAUCUACGCAAGCGUGUACUUGAGAUGGAAGGCAAAGAUGAGGAGAUCACAAAAACUGAAUCCCAGUGUAGAGAGCUGAAAAAGAAACUGCAAGAGGAAGAACAUCAUAGCAAAGAGCUGAAAUUUGAAGUGGAAAAGUUGCAGAAGAGAAUGUCAGAACUGGAGAAGCUGGAAGAGGCUUUUAGUAAAAGUAAGUCUGAAUGUACCCAGUUGCACUUAAAUCUGGAGAAAGAAAAGAAUUUAACCAAAGACUUAAUAAGUGAGUUGGACAUGGUGAAGAAUCGAGUGAAAGAUCUUGAAUCUUCAGAAAGUAAGUUGGAAAAAGCUGAACUAAGCUUAAAGGAGGACCUUACCAAGCUGAAGUCAUUUACUGUCAUGCUGGUGGAUGAAAGAAAAAAUAUGAUGGAAAAAAUAAAGCAGGAAGAAAGAAAAGUUGAAGGUCUGAACAAAAAUGUUAAGGUGGAACAAGGUAAAGUUAUGGAUGUGACUGAGAAAUUAAUAGACGAAAGUAAGAAACUUUUGAAACUGAAAACUGAAAUGGAGGGAAAAGUGUCCAGUUUAACAAAGGAAAGAGAUGAGUUAAUUGGAAAACUGAAAAGUGAAGAAGAAAAAUCCUCUGAACUGAGUUGUAGAGUUGAUUUGUUAAAGAAAAGAAUUGAUGGUAUAGAGGAAGUAGAAAGAGAAAUAGCAAGAGGUCGAGCCAGAAAAGGACAAGAACUUGCUUAUCAUGAGGACAACAAGAUUAAAGAACUAACCAUUGAAAUUGAAAGACUGAAAAAACGUCUUAAACAAUUGGAAGUGGUUGAAGGAGACUUGAUGAAGACAGAGGAUGAAUAUGAUCAGCUGGAGCAGAAAUUUAGGACUGAGCAGGACAAAGCUAACUUCCUUUCUCAACAACUGGAGGAAAUGAAGCUCCAGAUUGCCAAAAACAAAGCAAUUGAGAAGGGUGAAGUGGUGAGUCAGGAAGCAGAGUUGAGGCACAGGUUUAGGUUAGAAGAAGCUAAAAGCAGAGAUUUGAAAGCAGAAGUGCAAGCUCUUAAAGAAAAAAUUCAUGAGCUGAUGAACAAAGAAGACCAGCUUUCCCAGCUCCAAGUUGAUUAUUCCGUUCUUCAACAAAGAUUUAUGGAAGAAGAAGAUAAAAACAAAAAUAUGGGUCAGGAAGUCCUGAACUUAACAAAAGAGUUAGAGCUUUCUAAGCGUUACAGUCGUGUUCUUAGACCCAGCAUGAAUGGUAGAAGAAUGGUAGAUGUUCCUGUGACAUCUACUGGGGUGCAGACUGAUGCAGUAAGCAGUGAAGCAGCAGAAGAAGAAACCCCAGCUGUGUUUAUAAGGAAAUCCUUCCAAGAGGAAAAUCACAUCAUGAGUAAUCUGCGACAGGUAGGGCUGAAAAAACCCAUAGAGCGCUCAUCUGUGCUUGACAGGUAUCCCCCAGCAGCAAAUGAGCUUGCAAUGAGGAAAUCUUGGAUACCAUGGAUGAGAAAAAGAGAGAAUGUGUCCCAAGGAGCUCAUGAUAAAGGAGCCCGAACACAUGGUAGCCCAGGACAUCCUGGAGAGGUUGUCCUUUCCCCAAAGCAGGGGCAACCUCUUCAUAUUCGGGUGACUCCAGAUCAUGAGAAUAGUACAGCUACUCUGGAGAUAACUAGCCCAACAUCUGAGGAAUUCUUUUCAAGCACCACUGUCAUUCCAACCUUGGGAAAUCAGAAGCCACGGAUUACCAUCAUUCCCUCUCCAAAUGUGUCACAAAAAGGAAAAGGUGGCGAGAACUCAGUGGGCCCAGAGCGUGCUAUGUCACCUGUUACUAUAACUACAUUCUCCAGAGAAAAGUCUUCAGAUGGAGGGAGAGCUCCUUUCAUGGAAAGACCCAUGUCCCCAAUUCAGAUUAUGACAGUAUCUACAUCUGCAGCACCAUCAGAAAUCUCUCUCUCUCCAGAAUUGCAGGAUAUGACCAUGGGAAGGGCUGUUUUCAAAGUAACACCAGAAAAACAAACUGUCCCAACCCCAAUCCGGAAGUACAAUGCCAAUGCCAACAUUAUAACAACAGAGGACAACAAAAUUCACAUUCACUUAGGUUCUCAGUUUAAACGCUCCCCUGGUGCUGCUUCUGAGGGAGCUAGUCCUGUGAUAACGGUCAGACCAAUGAAUGUAGCAGCAGAAAAGGAGGUUAUGACUGGUACCGUCCUUCGUUCCCCUAGGAACCAUUUCUCCUCCAGGCCUGGAGCAAGCAAAGUGACAAGUACCAUAACUAUAACUCCAGUUACAACAUCAUCCACACGAGGAACACAAUCAGUGACAGGACAGGAUGGGUCAUCACAGAGACCUACACCCACCCGUAUUCCUGUGUCAAAAGGUAUGAAAGCAGGAAAGCCAGUAGUGGCAGCCCCAGGAACAGGAAAUGUGACAAAAUUCGAGCCUCGUGCCGAGACUCAGUCUAUGAAAAUAGAACUGAAGAAAUCUUCAGCCAACAGCUCUGCCUCCCUGGGCGGGGGGAAGGGCUGAGGGCAGUGGCUAAGGGGGUAUGUUGUGCAGGUUUUACUGCUACCAUGGAAAUCAACUCCCUGUCUGUUAGUUGCUGGUGUUUGCAUUUACUAAUUAAGUCCUGAAACUGUCACUUAACAUAACAAACUAAUAGGGGUGUGUGUGUGUGUGUGUGUGUGUCUUGACUUUAACAAUAUAAUUUUUUUUCUAUGCUGGGCUAAAAAGCUACUUGGAGGCUCGUAAUGUUUGCAGACAAUGAAAUCAGAUUGAGCAGCCUCACUUACACAUUGAUCUUAAUUCAGGCGUUAUUGAAUUUAUAGAUAGGGUGGGCCACUUCUUAAGAGAUUGUCUCAUGGGACCAUCUUCCAUCUCACUCACAAUUGCGUAGGCUACUUUCCCUCCUUUUUCAUGAUCAUUUAACAUUCCUGAGACAACUAUAGUAUUGCUUGCCUAGAGAAGUAAUGCUAGAAAAGCCAUGUAUUUUUAGGUCUCUUUUAAUGAAGUCUCAUAGCUAAAACAAAGAGGAAGAGCCAGCACCAUGUGACCAGCCAAAUCUCUAUGGAUCAGCAGUGAUUCACAGACCGCAGUUUGGAAAGCACUGACGUAAUUGAUUUUUUCUUACAGCCACAAUUUGGGCCUGAUCCAAAACCCCUGGAAGUCAAUGGAAUUACUUUCUUUGGGCUUGUCUAUACUUUUGGCUAGAUUAGCAUUGUUGUGAUCAAUGCAGCGGUGUCGAUUUAGUGGGUCUGGUGAAGACCCGCUAAGUCAAUGGCAGAGUGCUCUCCCAUCGACUCCUGUACUCCAGCUCCUCAAGAAGAGUAAGGUAAGUCAGCAGGAGAGCAUCUCCCAUCAGCACAGCAGGAUGUAGAUACUGCGAUAAGUGGAUCUAGUUUUGUCAACUUCAGUUAUGUUAUUCACGUAACUGAAGUAGUGUAACUUCGAUUGAUUUCCCGUGGUAGUGUAGACAAGGCCUUUGACUUCAGUUUACUUUGGAUCAGGCCCAUAAUCAGAAAGUGUGCUGUAGUUUGACAACAGCUGCCUAGAGUUCUUCUGUCUUAGAACAGUCCUUAAUACAGACAGUUAAUGGUGCAAAGUAAUUGAUGAAGAACUCUGCUCAGAUACAGAGGGUAGGGGACAGAGGGCUUUGCACCCAACUUACCCUGAAUUCCAGCGUGUUCCCUGAAGUCUGGUAUGUGUCUAUCUCAAAUAAAGAACCAGUUUACAGUGCUAUGGAGUACCAGUUUGUGUUUUGUUUUGUUCUGGUUAUACUGAAGUAUUUGCAUUUUUUCCAUUUGUGUUUUUUUUAGCAUGUUUUAAGGAAGUAUUUCAGCAUGGAAAUGGAUGUGGAUGUAAAUGAUUGAUGUCAUUAUUUUGUUUGAUAGCACCAUAAUUUCCCCAGAAAACUCAGUUUCCACACAAGUAAGAUACAAUAAAGGAACUCUGGGUUGAAGUAACUUGACGUGCUGUGUCUCAGCCAGAAGGUGCAUUUUAAAAAUAUAUAAUGAUUCAACCAUUUGAGUGAGCUAUUAAGAGUCCCACAACUGUGGGUGCCCUUGCUGGAGGAGAGAUGAGAAAGGAAGAUGACUCAUGCAGCAUGAAGAAUACAAGUGUAACGCAAAAUGAAUUUGAGGGUGAAUGUUAAGUGAAGAAGUUAAGUGGCUGAAGGAAGCAAAUGUAGUUAAUAGGAUGUACAGGAUCAAUGCAAUGAACCAAGGGAUUGGGUGAUUAGUUUCUCUUGUGAAGGAGAGGUUGAAAGAAGAGUCUGUCAGUGGAGGGCAACAAAAAGGUGGUAGAUUCAGGCAAUGUUUAUCCUUAAUCCACACUUAUGGCUGCUACCCUAUUAAAGAUCCUGAUAUUUUCGUUAGAGAGCUUACCCCAGCUUCACUAUCUUGAAGGCAUUCUUAUUCUUCUUUCAUGCACAUGUCCUUCUGAUGAACAUCAUAGAAGUAUUGAUUCUGAUUUUCACAGGUCUUCAAGCAUCUUCCAUUAACCUGCAUCUCUAAUUAACUUUGGAAAUGUAGGUGCUAGGACAUCUGAAAAACAGACUCAUGACUUUAUAUAUAUAUAAUUUUCCUAAUAGCAGAACCAAACUUGGAGCUUCUUCUUGGGAAUUUGUGAGUUACUGACCAGAAGUGCAUCACUGCUUCCAGCUAACUGUUAUGCCCAAUAAAUGCCCCAUACCUCAAUUUGUCAAUUAAUCAUUAGUGAGUUCUUAUUAUUUCUAAGUAUCAGAACUUUUUCAGCAGAAGUUCUAAACAUAAUAACAUGAAGCUAAAAGCUCAUUAUAACACUAAAUGCUGAGCUAAACCAAAUCUUCCACUUAGUUCAAAACAGUCAUUUUAAAUGCUGCAAAGUAGAUGAGCUCCCUAGUAAUGUGGUAUGAUACAGUAAUUAACUAUGGAUGGCUUAAGCCUUCUUUUUCAUAGCUUUUAAAAAGAAACUAGCUCUUCCUAACUUAAGUGAUGGUAUAUAUGGGACAAUAGUCUAAAUGUGCCUGCCUUUGAAAGCAUCAUCUGUUUUGGAUGGGAUUUGAGAGACUACUUUAUCUGAAGAAGAAACCAUCAGAUCAAACUAGAUAUCCAGUGCCACCACAGCACAGCUAGAAUUGGAGAGGCAAACUAGAAGUACCACUUGUGGAGUUAUCAGGACAUGUGAGAAGGAAUCCAGCAACCCCAGAUGAAACAGAAUUGACAAGUCAGACUAGUAUUUUGAGGAUUCAGUGGCAGAGCCCACUGCCAGGACCAGACCAGAGAAAAAUCUCUGAUCCACAGCCAACCUAGCAAAAGGUCAAGGAAUCAGAACCAGGCAAAAGGAUGUUUCUGAAACUAAUCUGAAAAAAAAAAAACCCACAAACAAACAAAAAGUAACAACUUGUGAAUAUUGGUAGGAAAAGACCCUGAAAACAUACUAAUCUUGUUUAAAUAUUAGCAAGAAGAGGGCAGGUCGCAAUUUACAAAGCUUCUCAAAAGGAAAGAAAGAUAAAGUGUAAGGGUUGAUGUAAGCCAAAGGGUAAUGUAAAUUAUUUACUAAGUAUUGAUAUAUAAGGGUUUAUUCUGAGGUUCACGGAAAUUAAAUAUUUUGUAUAAACUGGAGAAAACUGUGUGCCUAUAAGUACUUAUGGAUAUCUGUUUUAAGUUUAGUGUGCAUCUUUGGUUAAAAAAUUAGGUGAGUUCAGCAUUUUGUAAUAUGUUUU